CUUUUAUUUUGAAGUGAUUGUACUUGAGUGUCGGUGUUGAUCUGACAGACUGCGGUGUGUGUGUUGAUCAUGACAGGAGAGGAUUUAACACCUCUGUGAUUGUUUGGGCAGCUCUGAUGUGGUAGCCUUUAAUAUAAGAUUGAGUAAACAUGAGUGCGAUAAUGGACCAAUCAGAUCGUUCUCCAUUAAAGCGCUUUGUGCUGGCCAAAAAGAAGAUCGGCGAAGUCUUUGAACAGCUUUUAACUUAUGUACAGGAGGGCUCAGAGUUUGUAAAAGAAACCUGUUCUAAUGAGUCGUUGGAGAAUAUUGCAAACAGAAGCCAGUUGGAUGAAAUCGAGACGUUUACAAGCAAACUGUCCACUAUUAAAGAGGUGUUAGCUCGAAGACACAUGAAGGUUGCCUUCUUCGGCAGAACAAGCAAUGGUAAGAGCAGUGUUAUAAAUGCCAUGCUGCAUGACCGCGUGCUACCCAGCGGCAUCGGUCACACAACCAACUGCUUUCUGAGCGUGGAGGGGACUGAUGAGGACAAAGCUUAUCUGAAGACUGACGGUUCUGAGGAGGAAAAGAGUAUCAAGACAGUAAAUCAGUUGGCCCAUGCGUUACACAUGGAUGAGAGUUUGGACGCUGGGUGUCUUGUCAAAGUGUUUUGGCCCAAGACAAAGUGUGCUCUGCUCAGAGAUGAUCUGGUUCUGAUGGACAGUCCUGGUACUGAUGUCACCACACAGCUGGACAGCUGGAUCGAUAAGUUCUGUCUGGAUGCUGAUGUGUUUGUGCUGGUUGCCAAUUCUGAAUCUACACUAAUGAAUACGGAGAAACAUUUCUUCCACAAAGUCAAUGAACGCCUGUCAAAGCCUAAUAUCUUCAUCCUGAACAAUCGCUGGGACGCGUCUGCUUCCGAACCAGAGUACAUGGAGGAUGUGCGGAAGCAGCACACAGACAGGUGCGUGAACUUCCUGGUGGAGGAGCUGAAGGUUGUGGACCAUCGCCAGGCGCCCAAUCGUAUUUUCUUCGUAUCUGCAAAGGAAGUGCUGAACUCACGCAUGCAGCGGGCGCAGGGUAUGCCAGAGACGGGGGGUGCUCUCGCUGAAGGGUUUGAAGAGCGGAUGAAGGAGUUCCAGAACUUUGAAAGAUCAUUUGAGGAGUGUAUCUCGCAUUCAGCAGUGAAAACAAAGUUUGAGCAGCACACCAUCAGAGCCAAGCAGAUCACUGAAACUGUCAAAAACAUCAUGGAUCAAAUCAACAUCACUGCUGCUGAAAAGAGGGUCGUCUCUCUGGAGGAGAGAGAGUAUCUUAUCGACCGACUGGAUUUCGUCCGCAAUCAACUCAACCUGCUCAUCCAGGACAUCAAGAAGAGGAUCAAGCUCAUUACAGAAGAGGUGGAGGACAAGGUGUCAAGCGCGAUGGCAGAGGAGAUCUGCCGACUCUCUGUGAUCAUAGAUGAGUUUCGUUCAGAUUUCCACCCGUCACCUCACGUGCUCAUGAUGUACAAAUCUAGUCUUCUGGGCCACAUCGAGCAGGGCAUGGGCAAAAAUUUAGCCUACCGCUGCUCUGAUGCAGUCAAUGCGACCGUGCAGUCCUCUCAGCAAGACAUGAUCGAAUUACUGAAGCCUCUGCUGCCCUCUUCUGUUCAGGAUCAGAUCCACACGUUCAUCCCCAGCAGAAAGUUUGAGCUCAGCUAUGAUCUGAACUGUGCUACUCUCUGUUCAGACUUUCAGGAGAACAUUGAGUUUCAGUUCUCUUGGGGCUGGACCGCCCUGGUCCACCGCUUCCUGGGACCUGUUAAUGCCAAACGUGCCUUAAUGCUGGUGGAUCACAACUUACAGCUGACUGGACCGAGUACACCAUCAGGACCAGCGGUGGUUCAGUCUCAGAUGUCCACAGCUCCUGCAGUUCAAGCUCAGAAUCAAGCAGCACUGACACAGGAAGAGCUCAUGAUGUCCAUGAUGAACAACCUGGCGUCUGUCACCUCCCGCACAUCCAUGAGCGUCAUCAUUGUUGGAGGAGUGGUGUGGCGGACGGUGGGUUGGCGUCUGAUCGCUGUCUCCAUGAGUCUCUAUGGGAUGCUGUAUCUGUAUGAGAGACUCACCUGGACCACCAAAGCCAAAGAGCGAGCUUUGAAGAAACAGUUUGUGGAUUAUGCCACUGACCGACUGAAAAUGAUCAUCAGCUUUACCAGCUCAAACUGCAGUCAUCAGGUUCAGCAGGAGAUGGCCAGCACAUUCGCACGACUCUGUCAGCAGGUUGAUAUCACCCAGAAAGACCUAGAGACCGACAUUCAACGCCUCACCACCAAGAUCCAACAGCUGGAAACUGUACAGAACCGCUCCAAAGUGCUCAGACAUAAAGCCACAAGUCUGGAGAAACAGCUGGAGGAGUUCAGCUCUCAGUAUCUGCUGUCUCAGAAAGUGCUGUAACACACACAUACUGUACAAUCUCACCAUAUACCCUGAUGUUCAGAGGACAGAUGUUUGGAGGAUUAAAGCAUGUUACUUGUAGUGAAAUGUAAAACAUGUAUCCUUGAAUUUAAAGGAAGAUGAUUUAUGUGUUUUCUGUAUGAAGAUUACGUUGCAGUGGGACAUUUCAGAAACAUUUAUGAACUGUGAAACUGAAGCGAUUUUCUGCUGGACAUACAAAGAAAUGUUUUCUGUUCGGGAUAAUGAAGGUGAAAUAUUUGAUUUCAUAAAACUCGACUCAUUCAGUUGUCAUUUUGCACAGAACCGUUCUCUUCAGAAAGAGAUGAUGGUCAUGUUAUCAGACAAUAAAAUCAGAUUUUCUAGAUUUGCCUUUUGAUCACAAAGCCUAUUUUCUGUACUUUUACCUGAAAACAUUUAAACUGUAUUGUAACAUCUACUAGUGAUGUGCAGUAAAAAAUGAACAAAUUAAAAUAUUAUGACAUGUAA